AUGUUAUUUUUUAUAAUCGAUGGAUAUUUCAAAUUAAUAUUUAUUAUAUUAAUAACAUCCGAUAAUCAAGAAAAGCAUCAUCAUCAUCAUCAUCAUCUUCAAGAUUCCAAUGAUGGAAGUUCAACAUUACAUAGUUAUAAAACUCGACAAAGAAUGAAUAUUAGUUCAAUUGUAACUAAAGAUGAAAAUGAUAAAUCUUUAAUACAUUAUCAAAAAACUUAA